AGUUGACCCGUUUCACAGUUUUGUGCCCUACCCAACCCAAAUGUAUUUUGGAUUACUGGCAUUUGCCCACCGUCGUACAAGCUCGUCUUCCCCACCCUCAUCCCAUCGAUGGAUGUAUCUCCUCUCUUCCUCUUAGACAUUGCUAAAGAAUUGAAGUAUAAGUGCGUGGUUGACAAUGGCAGACUCAUACUAGCAAUAGAAAAAACUGCCGGAGACGAGGAUCCGGAUUUGGGGCACAUUUUCACGACGGGCCCAGUCAUGUCAUUCCAAGAGUUACAGGAUUCGUUUCAAAUCCAGAUUUCGUCGGCGAAUCUUGUUCUGGUGGACAAAAAAUACAUGGUCUUGAACCCUCCCAGUCAUCAAGCACCCAUGAACAAGAAAAUAGCUGAUUCAGUUUUCAAGAAAGUGCUGUGUGAAGCUGGGGAAUCAAUAGCUCGCAACAAGGCACCAUUCGCCGCUCUAUGUGGGGUUGGACUGCUAGCUGCUUUGUGCCACAAAGAAAUCAUCCCCAAAGAAGGUGUUCAGGCAUGGGCAACAUCAAUUCAAGGAAGCGCGAAAAUUGUCUCGGAUACUGUGAAAGCUUUGAAAGAGGUCGUCAAGAUUGUGUGUUUCCCCAAAAUGCUCCCCAAUUUACCCAAUGCUCCAGUAUCUCAUGUCCAGGACAAUGAAGGUCAGGGUCCAUUGCAUUACGCAGCUGUAUGUGAGAGAAAAGACAUUGCAGAAAUGCUUGUGAAGAACAAUGCUGACAUUGGCAUGGAGGAUGGUGAAUGAAGGUCAGAAUGCUGACAUUGACAUUGACAUUGGCUUUUACACAUUUCCCUGUACUACACUGUGAUAAUUGGUUUUAGCU